GUUGUCAUUUACCGACUUUCACAAUCCAAUCCAUCUAAUCUUCAUGAUUUUACUUCCUACAACUUAUUCCAUUCAAAACAUGUUACCGCGAUAAAAACUACUAUUAAUUAUGACUCUCUUUACUGUUCAAACAACUGGUCGCGCUGUGCUGCGACGUCCAUAUUUUCCAAGCCAUCGGAAACAAAUAAACUUCACUUCGAAGAGACACAACUCCAACAACUCUACCCCUGUACCCCAUUCCAAUCCCUCUCCAGAGAGCUCUGCGAAUGGCACUGCGAUUCCCAUACCUGCAACCAUUGCGACUGUGCCAAUAUGGCAACGACUUGGUCCUUUGACUCGAUCUUUUCAAGCAUACGGCCGCUCACAACGGAAGCGUCCUUACACAACACAAUUCUGCAGUUCGUUGGUAAUAUAUUUCCUAGGGGAUCUAUCGGCGCAAAGCAUCUGCGGAGAUGAUUAUGAUUGGAAGCGUACACUGAGGGCAUUGUUUAUCAGUAUGGGAAGCAGCAUUCCGUCUUACAAAUGGUUUAUGUUUCUCUCCAACAACUUCAACUAUUCUUCGAAAGCUAUUUCCCUCGCUACAAAAGUCGGCGUCAAUCAAAUGUUCUUUACUCCUAUAUUUAAUACGUAUUUCUUCGGCAUGCAAUCUUUAUUGUCAGGAGACAGUUUACCGGAUGUCGUCGAGCGUGUCAAGAGGACUGUCCCAACCAGUAUGAUGAACAGCAUUAAACUAUGGCCCGCAGUCACAGCAAUCAGUUUCGCAUGGAUCCCACAAGAGCAUAGGAGCAUAUUUGCCGGAGUAAUUGCCAUCGGCUGGCAGACUUAUUUAAGUUUCUUAAACAGAAGAGUAGAGGGCGAGAUGGCCGGAGGUAUCGAAAAUACACAGAAAGAAGCUGUCAAGGGUCCCACGUCAAAAUUAUCAACAGAUGUCGCAAUUAAGACAGACUCCACCAAAGAGGCUCAGGAGCAGAAAGCCGAGGCUUAAUCGGAAUACGUUGUUAUUUAUUCGCGGUGUAUUUUAUCAACAUAUAUGGGCAAGGCAUAGACAUUAUACCAGUUUCUUUGGACCAGCAGGUCACCGGCGCAAUGGGAAUUGGGAUAAAUAAAAAUAGAAGGCACGGCGUUUUUAUAGACUUGGGAAGCAUGGCCCCCUAGCGAGAGGUUACAGAUACUGGAUCAACAUCUACAUGGGAAUUAGUAGUUUCGUCUCUUUGUGUUCUAUCUUCUGAGUACUUCCGUUAAUUGCCAAUUUUGUCUCUUUUGUAUGGUCAAGUGCUUGCUGUCUUCGGACUUCAAAUUUUUUACCAAGACGCAUCCAGAUAUGGAUCGACCCUCCGGAAUACUUCAGCUUUUAAGCAAUGGAUUAUCUAAUAUCUGCAUUCUUUAGUCAAUAGCUUCUAAUAUAAUUUUGUGAAAUAAUAUGAAGUUUUUUUCAUUCAUUCUCGGUUCAACAAUACAUCAUUAACAAGUCUUGUCUGGAGAAUCCAAUUCUUGCGUCGAGGAGAGGAGCAUUUUCCGGAUGCGGAGCAGGAGGGGGAGGGGGCACGGUGAUGGCAGGUGUAUGGUUGUCACAACAUGAUACACGAGAUUGAGGCAAGGGAAUAUGGUUGAGGACGUUCUCAGGUGAAAGUUUUAUUAUUCGAGUAGCACUCUAUUAAGCAAUUAUCUACCGAGCGUCUAGUCUUUCUUGAAUGAGAACACAGGUGCCAAGACA